AUGGGUCUGCAUUUUAAUCAUGGGGAUGAGGAUUUUGGUAGCUGGUUUGAGGAUUUCUGUAAUACUCAUUUGGCUGAGAAUAUUGAUAAGCUGGCAAUGAUUCUUUGGAGUGUUUGGGGGUCCCGUAAUGAUUUACUUUGGAAUGAUAAGGCUACUUCUGUGGAAAAAGUUGUUUCAUCUGCAAUUACGUACCUUGAACUUUGGAAAUUUGCUCAAAUUAAAAAUGGAGGAGUUUCUUCUUCUAAUAGUCAGCCCCGGGCUGGUGUUGAGCAUUGGAUUAAACCGUCCUUGGGAGAGUUGAAGGCUAAUUGUGAUGCUGCUCUUUUUUCAAGAGAGAGGAGUCAUGGGUUGGGGUGGAUUGCUAGAGAUCAUGCUUAUUUGUGUUUUGCUGCUGCUGCCGUCAAGCUUCAAGGUGAAAUUGACCCUGUUGUUGUUGAGGCGUUGUCAAUGAAAGAAGCGUUGAGUUAG